CAGAAUCUAAGGGUAAUUGUCCAUGACGCGUCAUUUAGGUUUUUGUUGUAGUCAAUUUGUUUGUUUAUAAAUCAUGUUUCAUAUCCUAUCCUGUAUGAAACAAAAGCUGAAAUUCUUUUCAGUCGCGUCAGAUAUUAGUAAAACAUUGAUUAAACAACCGCAAACACAUAAAGUAAGAAAGUGCCAAAAUAAAUACAUAAUAUACAAAGUCAUCAAUAUAAUGGUAUAAUGUACGCACAAGUUUCGCUAUUCAAAACUAGACCUCGUCUCAGUGCCGCGAUAAUAUUAGUGCUAGUCUAUAGAAGUGUUCGUGUAGUAAUUGAAUGGACCACUCCUUGUCAUUACUCGAACUGGGGAGACGCGCUACCAUCGGCUGAAGAUCCGACAUUCAUUCCUAAAGGCAAAUCAAUCUUCUUUCAUGAGACAUCGUGUCGUGGCAAUCUUACUGUUCGUCAGGCCUGUUCCGUGGAGGCAGCCGCUAGAGCACACCCACAAUGGCAGAUCUAUGUACUCUUCAGCUCACCCGUCACCAACCACGCACUCAGAACCACCUGCCUCAAACGUCUCCAAGAGUUCCCCAAUAUACAAUUCCUACGGUUACACGUAGCUGAGUACUCAAAAGGAAGUGUUGUGCAAUCUGUAUUACUUAAUGAUGUAAAACACAGUAAAUAUCCAGUACACCAUACUGCCGAUAUACUCAGGAUUUUGACCCUUAACAAGUGGGGCGGGGUGUAUCUAGACACUGACAUGAUAGUCACCCGGUCGCUGGAACAACUGCCUCUAAAUUUCAUUGCGGAGGAAACCUAUGGUGAUAUCGCAUCAGGCGUCAUGUCUUUUGGAAACGAUGAUGUCGGUAAAAGGGUUACUGGUGAAGUAUUGAAAUACAUCAGUAAUAAAUACAAUCCGAAAAAGUGGUCGGUUAAUGGCGCAGAGGCAGUACAAAAAGUUCUGCAGAGAUUAUGUCCGAAAUUGAAAAUGAAGGAAAAAGUACCUGUAAAAGACUGUAAAGGUGUCCAGAUAUUCGGUUACGAGCUGUUCUACCCUAAAUAUUUCUUGGAAGUCGACGACAUGUUUCGGUCACCUGCAAAAAAAUUUGACUUACAUCGUCCUUACACGUACCAUAUGUGGAACUACCUGAGCCACAACAGGACCAUAUAUAAGGGUACCAUGUAUCAGAUCCUGGCUAAAACUUUCUGUCCGACCAUUUAUGAAUCGUACCGCCACGAGUUUCAUGCUGAUAUAGUGAAAGUAGAAGAAAAAGUAACAAAAAACUAAGUUAUAGGUACCUAAAUGUUUUAGUUUAAGUCUUUGACUGCCAAUAGAAAACUGUUGAAGGCAAAUCCUCCGCUAACGUCGGUCACCGGUGACCACCACGGCGUUCAAUGUGUUAAUUAUUUUAUUUUAAGUACUAGCGAUUGGUGAGGUUUCACCCACUUUGCUCGACUUCUAUUAAUAAUACGGUCGAUGUUUUAGCCUAUAACCUUCCUUAGUAAAUGGAUUAUAGUCCAU